GCAUGAAUUGUAUGCAUUGCACUGCUGUACAAUGAGGAAGAGAGUGCACAAGAUAUGCCAAGAAGGAGUACCAAACUGACACCCAGAGCUGCACAUUCUCCUUCAAUUGUUGCUUGCUUUCUUUAGCCACAACAUGGGCUAGAGGUCAUUUUGCACAGGUCUUUUUUUCCUUCAUGCACUUAUUAUCUGGAAACCUCUUUCUAUUUUUAAGGAAAAUGUGGAUUUAAAAAUUUCCCUUCUGCAUUAUAUUGGAGCCUGACCUCAGCAGGGGUCACAUAUAGGAAGAGAACCUGUUUCCUUGGGAGAAGGGCCCAGUCUAUGGCAGGAUGAUGGUGCUUUCUGGUCUCAGUCAUUUCUUCAUUUGCUCCCCUUCGGCACAUUUCCUAUAGCCUGACUAUUAGGUGCUCUCCAAGGUGCUGGCAUGCUCUCAGCCCUCUAUGAUGGAAGUGAAGGGAUUGCAAAAUCUAAGGAGACGGAUCCUGUUUUAUUUCAGAAGCAGAUAGGCUGCGUCUUUGUUUCUUUAUCCCUGAUUAAUCGGCAGUACAGCAGCAUCAACAGACUGAAGCAGCCAGGCAGAGGGAGAGAGAAAGCAAGACUGCCGGCAAUCACAGGGGAGGAGGGCACAUACCAUGAGCCAGACUGCUUGAAACCGUCUGCAGCUAAGUAGCAAGACGCAGACACGUCAUUUUCAUCAGGAAUAAGCCAUUUUACCAGAUUGAUUUUCAUUUCUCAUUUCCUACAUGUUUUUACCUUGCAAGUAUACGUUCAAAUGAGGUACCACAUACGGCUGAGUGGCAUUGCAUUUGAUGGUGCUGUAAUCCUCUGUGUAGUAAAGUGGAGAAACACCAUCCAGCAUCUUCUCUCUUGGACCACAGCGAAGGGUGUUAUUCGUACACACCCAGUACCUAAGCAACCUUAUUGCUGAAUUUGGAUUUUAAGAGGGAAAUCGACGCUUUUUAUUUUUCGCCAACGUUUUGUACUUUGUGCUUAAAAGGCCACAGACUUACAGUAUCAGUGUAAGGAUUUAUUGGAUAUUUAUGGCCGAGGUGCAGGAUUCAUUUCCAUUGACUACUUGAUCACAAAAUGCACUUUAACUGAAGAAAUUCAGGCUUCCUGGAAGUCUGUCUUAUGGUGCUGAAAUAUUCUUUCGGAUUGCACUGAGUCCAACCCUGGGGAAGGGCUUCUACUGAUGUAACAAAAUAGUUAAAAAAAAACCAUUUGCUAUAUACCCUUGGCAACCAACCAGACAUUAUUCUUGAAGAACCGUGGCCACAAAUUAUCUUCUACAAGAUGAUGAAUUCAAAUGCAGAGGAAAAUACUUUGAGCGCCUUUCUCCAGUAUAUUGAAGAUAUGGGGCUAAAGGCUUAUGAUGGUUUGGUGAUUCAGAAUGCUUCAGAUAUCGCCAGAGAGAAUGAUCGCCUGAGAAAUGAAACAAAUAUGGCUUACUUGAAAGAAAAACAUGAAAAGCGUCGAAAACAAGAGGAUGUCAUUAAACGCAUUGGUGGAGACGUCGUAAGAGGAACCGAAGGGAGCUAUGUGAAUAAACACUUUCGUAUGGGAUUUAUGACAAUGCCUGCUCCUCAGGACAGGUUACCACACCCAUGUUCCAGUGGAUUCUCGGUGCGUUCUCAGUCACUUCAUUCUGUGGGUGGAACAGACGAUGACAGCAGUGGUUGUUCUCGUAAACAACCACCACCAAAGCCAAAACGAGAUCCAAACACAAAGCUGAGCAUUUCAUCUGAAACUGUAAACUUUGGAACACUAGGCAAGAGCCCAAAAUUCACAGACAGAACAGAUUUUUCAGCAAAACAAAGACCACAUAGUGAUGAAUAUACUAAGAAGAUUCCACCACCCAAGCCGAAGAGAAACCCAAACACUCACCUUAGUACAUCAUUUGAUGAAACAUACAUAAGAAAACAUGGCUCAAUGAAGAGUAAAUUAUUCAGAGAAGCUUCUUCAUCUCAUAUUAGCACUACUGCACUUGAUAGAGAAGAUGAAGAACCUGUUUAUAUUGAAAUGGUUGGAAACAUAUUAAGAGACUUUAAAAGAGACGAUGAAGACCAAAGUGAAGCUGUAUAUGAAGAAAUGAAAUACCCCAUCUUUGAUGAUAUAGUUCAAGAUUCUAGAUGUCUUUAUGAAGUAGAUCAUAUUAGUUGCUCUUCUCAAUGUGCUACUCCCACAGUGCCUGACUUAGAAUUCACCAAGUCCUCAGUGCCAUCGACCCCAAAGGGCCAGGUUUGUGAUAUUCCACCUCCCUUCCCUAACUUACUUUCUCAAAGGCCACCAUUAUUGGUGUUUCCACCAGCACCAGCUCAGUGUUCCCCAAAUUCUGAUGAGUCACCUUUAACUCCACUUGAGGUUGCAAAACUACCUGUAUUAGAAAAUGUGUCUUACAUCAAACAACAAGGUAGUGCUUCACCUUCAUCAAUCCCAUCACACAUUCCAGGACAUCAAAAAGUAGAGAAGGAUCCUGCUACUGUAUCACAUGGAACUAGCUCAUCUGGGCACUCUCAAUCUUCUCCUCCACAUCCUUCUACAAUGUACAGAACUCAGUCUCCACAUGGAUAUCCUAAAUGUCAUUCUGCUUCACCUUCUCCUGUGAGCAUGGGUAGGUCAUUAACUCCUUUAAGCCUCAAAAGACCACCACCUUAUGAAUCUGUGCAUACAGGAAGUCUCUCAAGAAGUUCUCCAUCAGUGCCUCAUUCUACGGUCAGAAACAGCCCUCAAGAAGGGAAGUCAGUUAAUUCAUCUACCAGUACUUACAAUUCAUCUCAAAGCAGCUUACGUUCCAGGACACCUACAAGUCCCCUUGAAGAAUUAUCCAACCUCUUUACCUCAGGAAGAAGCUUGCUGAGGAGACCCUCCAGUGGAAGACGUUCUAAAGAACCUUCAGAAAAACCACCAGAUGAAAUAAAAGUCAGAAGCCACAGCACGGAACCCUUACCAAAGUUGGAAAAUAAAGAGCGAGUUGUUCAUCAUUCAUCACCUCCGUCAAGAGAUUCUGUAAAAUCUCAGGAAUGGGAUGGAACUCCAUGUUCAACACAUGUCUCAAGUAGGCUUGGGAGAUCAUCUGUUAGCCCAACAAUGCUAGCAGGAAAUAACAGCUCAGAAAUGAGAAUCAGCUGCAAAUUAGGUCGAUCUGCUUCCACUUCAGGCGUGCCUCCUCCAUCAGUCACCCCCCUCAGGCAAGCGAGCGAGCCACAACAGAGCCAGAUGGCACCUAUGCAGUGGCUUUGUGGUGACAACACCAUGAUGGAAAUGAUUGAGAAAAAACGUACUCUGUGCAAAGAGAUUAAAUCGAGACAAAAAACUGAGAAGGGUCUGUGUAAACAAGAAAGCAUGCCUAUCCUACCAAGCUGGAAAAAGAGCAAUGGAGCCAAGAAAUACAGCCCUCCUCCUUAUUCCCAACAGCAAACUGUGUUUUGGGACACUGCCAUAUGAUGCAAGCCUAGAGAACUACCCGCGGUACCAAGGUUUGAAUUGCACAGGUAGCAAUGCUGAUCUAGUAAUUGGUGACUGUUUAGGGUACUAGAUUUCCUUGUGCUCUGAGAUGUUGCUUGCCUCCUGCUAAUCAAAGAAGAUCUACCUGCUUCAAGUCACAAAUAUUUAUCAUUUUUUUUGAGUACAUAUAUAAAAGAGAAUAUUUAAUGUAAAUAAUUAAUUUAUGACUUUAAAAAGUAAACACAUUGUUAUAAAUGCUAUAAAUAACAAUUUUGAUAUUUUGUGUAAUGUAAUUAUGCUUUAAUACCCAAGUCAUUCUUUAUUGUUUCCUUGGACAAUGCUUUGGAAAUUUUUCUACUGAAGCAUGAGUUCUCCUUAUAUUUAUACAACGUAUUAGCUACUGAAACAGCAAAAAUGAGAGGAAAUAUUUAUGUACGACAAAAGAAACUGGAACGUCUUUUACUGUAUUGUGUUCUAGAUUUUCAUUUUUGGGAAACAGUACAAAAGAGUAUGCUACCUACCUGGUGUCAUCUAUGUAUCUUUAAAAUAGCUCCUCGUGUCUGUUAUUUGCUUGUAUACCGUGGGUUAGAAGUAUAAAGCAGACAAUGAACCCGUUAUUAUUUAUGCUAUCAGGAGACCAUAGUUCACUGUGAUGAAAAUUAACAUUGUACACACUGACAUGCGGAAAUAACGUUAUCUAAUGAGUGCACAAGGGUGGCAAGGCACAUUAGGUUCAUAUGAAAAGAUGCAGAAGAAGUUGCUUCAUUGGAUGGCAGUAAUGCUAAAUGGAAAACUAAUUCACAGCUGGGGGCUGGAUGGUAAAACCUAUUUUUGGGUCACCUGCCUGGGGAAUCCAUGCCUAAGCUUUGCCGAAAUUGCAACAGGGCAGGAUUAAAAGUGUUUUUAAUUUUAAUAUAAGGACUUCUGUAAUUUUGAAUUUGGCUAUAUUAGGACAGGCAUACAUGCCUUAGGACUUCUGUAUUGACCUCUUUUUAUAAGCCUUUUCUCUGCAUACCGAGAGCAAAUUAAUAACAUAAAUUGCACAUUCUGGUCAGUGCAUUAAAAAAAGCACAAAAACUCUACCAUACCCACAAUUCAACACCCAGCCUUUAUAUUGCAGAAUUAGAAGUAAUGAUCUGCAGCAUGUUUAGUCUCACACCUCCAUUAUAAUAGGAAUUAACCGUAUCUGUUGUGCCACAGAAACUAUGACAAAUGUUAGGGGUCCUGUAAUUAAAGGCACUACAUUUGCCCAGUAGACAUAACCCAUAGCCACUAAUAAGAUAUUUGCUUUUAAACAGGUAACCAGUUAAUGCUACCAGCUAUGGGUUCCUGCACAUGGGCAAGUGUAGUGCCUUUUAUUACAUAACCCCCUUAAAGUUGAUAGCAAAUGUAUUAAUAGGAAAAGCUUUUCUUCCCAAUUUUGCCUGGGUACCACUUGUUGCUUAGGUUCUUUUUCAACCUUCCUGCAUUUCAUCAACAUGAGAUCAAGGCAAAGCAAAGCAAGUAUAAAACUGGAUAAAAUAGCUAUAAAUAACUAGACUUUGUUGUUGAACAUGUGACAAGUCCCAUAUGCAACAGUAGCAUUUCCACCAUAGCCCUGUUUUAAUUGCCAUGCCUGAGCAUUUCCAGUACCUUAAGAAACAAACAUCACAUACUUAACAUCAACAUGUGUGCCAUGUAUAUUUUCAUGAGAUCACUCACAUGUAUUUCCCCCUGCACUAUGUAUAAUUUUAGUACAUUUAGCCCAUUGCAUAUUUAGUUUAAUUCCCAGGCUGCAUUCAGAUCUAUUUUAAAUGAGGUUAGUAGUCCCAGCAUGAAUUUUAUCCUUGUUUUUAAGUUGCAUAGCACAGGGGAGAAAGCUUAAUGUACAGUAACAUCAACAAAAUAAAAUGUAAGUCAUUAAUAUAUAAUGUACUGGUGCCCUACACUGGUAAAAGUUGUGUGUCUGAGACU